AUGGAUUCUUCUCGUGACCCUGGUCGAGCAGAGAGAAGUGCACCACCCUCGAACCCGGGCGGUAGUGACGAAGAAGAACAACGAGAAGAAGCCCAACACACGAACAUUGUCGAUGUUGAUGAUGAUGUCGACUCCGCUUUCGAGGAUGGCGAUAAUGUCUCAUAUUCGUCUCUGCGAGAUGACUAUUGGGGUCCGUCUGAUGAAAAACAAUUCGAAACGCUCAACGAGGGCCAUGUGCUCUAUCUCGUCUUGGACAGCGAGCAACCAAACCCACUCUUUCGAUCACCGAUAAAGUCACCAUUGUAUGUCCUCGAUAUAGGGACAGGACCUGGCACUUGGGCCGUUGAUGUUGCCGAUCAAUUUCCUGCCGCAACCGUGUACGGUGUUGACCUUUCUCCACCGCCGUCGAACUGGGUGCCCCCGAACUGUUUUCUCCAGGUAGACGACGUCCUUGAAGAAUGGACGUGGAGGCAUGAAUUCGAUCUGAUCCACAUGCGGCUGAUGCUGGGCGCCUUCACCGACACAGAGUGGGCGACGGUAUAUAAAAAGUGCUUCGACAACCUGAGGCCAGGAGGAUACAUUGAGCAGGUCGAGUUGGACGUGCGGGUGAUGUCUGACGACGGCUCUCUCGCUCCCGACUCGCUGUUAGCGGGAUGGGGGCAGACCUUCCUCGACUGCGCCCAACGGGCUGGUCGUCCCUUGGACACGCAGUUGACCAUGAAGGCCAAGAUCGAAGCCGCCGGGUUUGUCGACGUCCAAGAGCAUCUGUACAAAUGCCCCAUCGGCGCCUGGCCCAAGAACCCUCUCCUCAAGGACGCCGGCAGGAUCAACUUGAAGCAUUGGAGUUCAGGCCUGGAAGGGUGGGCGAUGUUCUUGUUGACGAGAUGGGGGGCCCCCGAACCGUGGACUGCGGAUGAAGCCAGAGUGUAUGUCGCCCAAGUGAGGGAGGAACUGAAGAGGCGACGGCUGCAUAUAUGGCACUACACGUGA